ACUCCUCUUCUUGAUAUAUAUCACAUAAGAUAUUACAAUAGCUGAAUAGCUAUCCCUAAUUCAUGAACAAAAACAUGUCACCCCUUAUUCUUUUACCCUUUGCUCUCUUGCUAUUCUUCUUGUUCAAAAAACACAAAACAUCUAAGAAAUCAACAACUCUUCCACCAGGUCCUAAAGGCCUUCCUUUCAUUGGAAACUUACACCAACUUGAUAGUUCAGCUCUUGGUUUAAACUUCUAUGAACUCUCAAAGAAAUAUGGCUCUUUAAUCUAUCUUAAACUUGGUUCAAGGCAAACAAUAGUUGUUUCAUCAGCUAAAAUGGCCAAACAAGUAAUGAAAACACACGACAUCGAUUUCUGUAACCGACCCGCUUUAAUCAGCCAUAUGAAAUUCUCAUAUGAUGGAUUAGACCAGUUUUUUUCACCAUAUAGAGAAUAUUGGAGACACACCAAAAAACUUUCCUUCAUCCAUUUUCUUAGUGUCAAACGUGUCGUAAUGUUUUCCUCAGUUAGAAAAUACGAGACAACUCAAAUGAUCACGAAGAUAUCAGAACAUGCUUCUUCCAACAAAGUUGUGAAUUUGCAUGAGCUUCUCAUGUGUCUAACAAGCGCGGUAGUUUGUAGGACUGCGUUCGGUAGAAGGUUUGAAGAUGAAGCAGCUGAACGUAGCAUGUUUCAUGAUUUGCUUAAAGAAGCUCAGGAAAUGACGAUUUCGUUCUUUUACACGGAUUAUUUGCCUUUUGUUGGAGGGAUUGUUGAUAAGUUCACCGGAUUGAUGAGUCGUCUUGAGAAAUUGUUCAAGAUUUUGGAUGGUUUUUUCCAGAGUGUUUUUGAUGAACAUAUUGAUCCAAAUAGAAAGAAGUUGCCUCCACACGAAGAGGAUGUAAUUGAUGCCUUGAUUGAAUUGAAGAAUGAUCCUUACUGCUCAAUGGAUCUCAGUGCUGAACACAUCAAACCCUUGAUCAUGAAUAUGUUGUUGGCGGGAACAGACACAAUUGCGGCCGCGGUAGUUUGGGCUAUGACUGCACUAAUGAAGAAUCCAAGAGUGAUGCAGAAAGUACAAGAAGAGAUUCGGAAAGCAUAUGAAGGGAAAGGUUUUAUAGAGGAAGAAGAUGUCCAAAAGCUUCCAUAUUUCAAGGCAGUUAUAAAAGAAUCAAUGAGACUGUACCCGUCAUUACCCGUACUUUUACCAAGAGAAACGAUGAAAAAGUGCGACAUCGAAGGGUACGAAAUUCCAGACAAGACAUUGGUGUACAUUAACGCGUGGGCAAUCCAUAGAGAUCCGGAAGCAUGGAAGGAUCCAGAAGAGUUUUAUCCAGAGAGAUUCAUAGGUAGUGAUAUAGAUUUAAAAGGACAAGAUUUCGAGCUGAUUCCAUUUGGCUCGGGGCGAAGAGUUUGCCCCGGCUUAAACAUGGCAAUUGCUACUGUGGACCUUGUACUUGCUAAUCUUCUCUAUUUGUUUGAUUGGGAAAUGCCUGAAGGAGUAAAGUGGGAAAAUAUAGACAUUGAUGGUCUUCCAGGACUUGUUCAACACAAGAAAAAUCCUCUCUGCCUUAUUGCUAAGAAGAGGAUUGAAUGUGUUUGAUCUUUGUUUUUCAAGUUAUGUUAUAUUUAUCCUAAGAAAAUAAAGCAUGCUUGUUAUAACUAAGCCAUUACUAUAUAUACCAUUUCCCUUGUAUUAUAUGUUCAAAGAUAUAAAAUUCAUCUUGGUUAGCCUGUUACA